AUCGUUUAUUACUGAACAGGGCUACGAGCAGACUAAUAUCACCAUUCAAGAAACGAAAAUAAGCUGCAUGAUGAGAGUGAUCCUUGCAUUCGUGCUGUUGUGGUUUGGUGUCGCUCGUGGUAAAUACACAGGAACAACCAAAGGAUUAAAAAGAAUUGUUUUAGGUCGUUGCUUCGAGUACCUUGAUAGAUACGCAUCGUUAGGCCUGCUUGAUAAGGUACCUGGACUUGAAGAGAGAGAAGCAUUUUGUCAAGAGGCCUUGAAACAUUUUCUCGGUGCCUUUGCUUCCAAAGACCCUUGUACGUUAAYAGAACAGAACUACGAGAAAUUCUUAAAAUUCACCGGAGGGGUUCCCAUUAAAGACAAGAUCUUGUUCUGGUCCAAGCACGAGGCUCUCUCGCGCUCGAUAUCCAACGAUGGAAAACGAGCAAUCGUAUUAAGGGAUACUCUGUCAGGGUAUCUUACGACAGAUUUGGCCUGGUGUGGAGAGGUCCCUGGUACCCCGRAUCCAAACCCUGAUGGUAUCAACUUUAAAGCCUGCCCUGUGUGUAGCCCUAAAAAGGAACCUUUUGAGGUCUACUGGGGGGCUGCUUCUGCCUGGUUUGCAAAAAGAGCGAAGGGCAUCGUCCAUCACCUCGUCAAUGGCGCUGUUGGUACGGUACCACCAAAUGUCGCAUACCACGACGAGACGUUUUUCUACUUGCACGAGCUUCCAAAUAUCCCCAAGGAURAAGUAACUGAAUUCCGAUUGAUCGUUGCUAACGAGCCUCAGAAAGCCGUGCACGAAACAUGUGGUACAGGAACAAUACAGAAGCUUGAAAAUGAGCUCAAAAAGGAGUUGGGUAAAGCUCCUGUUUGUGUCGUCAAYCCCGCCAUGGUGAUGCAUAUAAUGUGCGCAGACAAGCCGAAUGCCCCAGAGUGUGUCAAACCAAUCGCGGACACURGUGGCAAGCAUUACUGAGCAAGAGAAAGAACGUUCUGGGCUCACUGUAUUCGCUUACCGUUACUCCUUCAUACACAGGAAUCCCAUGAUACACGUUUCAUGAUCAUGGCACGGUACGCUCGUAUAAUACAGCUGAAAUAAUUUGUUAUUGCCAAAUUCAAAAACGUUAAAGAGUUAAACUAAGAAAAGAAGAUUAACCGUAACCGUAAAAAAGGAGCCAAAGCAUUUUGAAAUAUUUUAAAAAAUAUAUAUAUAUAUAUAUAUGGUAAAGUAUAAAGUAAUAAAACUCUGUAUAAUUGA